UCCCCACCCUCACGCCCGCGUCGCCUUCUCCCGCCAAAAUUCAUCGUUAUUAUCGAUAAUAAUAUCGAUCUUACGACGACGAUUGUCUUAACGCGCCGUACCGUCGAGAGAAACGGCGGUUUGAGAGAGAGCGACGUUCGAUAAAAAAAUCCGCGGCAAAGGCGCCGGAGAACUACGUGGGCUUUGCCAAUCUUCCCAACCAGGUGUACCGCAAAUCGGUGAAGCGCGGCUUCGAGUUCACCCUCAUGGUGGUCGGCGAGUCUGGCCUGGGGAAAUCGACGCUCAUCAACUCCCUGUUCCUGACGGAGUUCUACUCCAGCGAGCACCCGGGGCCAUCCCAGCGUAUCAAGAAGACCGUGCAGGUGGAGCAGAGCAAGGCGUUGGUGAAGGAGGGCGGUGUCCACCUCACCCUCACCGUGGUGGACACGCCGGGCUUCGGCGAUGCGGUGGACAACAGCAACUGCUGGCAGCCCGUCAUUGACUUCAUCGACAGCAAGUUUGAGGACUUCCUAAACGGGGAGUCGCGCGUAAACCGGCGGCAGCUGCCGGACACUCGCGUGCAUUGCUGCCUCUACUUCAUCGCCCCCUCGGGGCACGGGCUAAAGCCUCUGGACAUCGAGUUCAUGAAGCGGCUGCACGAGAAGGUCAACAUCAUCCCCCUCAUCUCCAAGGCCGACACGCUCACCCCGGACGAGUGCAAGAGCUUCAAGAAACAGAUAAUGAAGGAAAUCGCGGAAAACAAAAUCAAGAUCUACGACUUCCCCGACACGGAGGACGAGGAGGAGAACAAGAUGGCCAAGAAGAUCAAGGAGCGGAUUCCCCUCGCGGUCGUGGGCAGCAACACGCUCAUCGACGUCAAUGGCAAGAAAGUUCGCGGGCGACAAUAUCCGUGGGGCGUGGCCGAGGCGGGCGUUAUUGUUGAAAACGGCGAGCAUUGUGACUUCAACGUGCUGCGCAACAUGCUCAUCAGGACCCACAUGCAGGACCUAAAGGACGUCACCAACAACGUUCACUACGAGAAUUUCCGCAGCCGGCAGCUAGCGUCGGUCGCCUGCAACGCCUCCGACAACAACAAGGGCAGAGGACAGCUCUCCAACAGGAGCCCCAUGGAGCAGAUGGAGGAGGAGCGGAGGGCUCACGAGCACAAGAUGAAGAAGAUGGAGCUGGAGAUGGAGCACGUGUUCGCGCUGAAGGUCGAGGAGAAGUUGCAGAAGCUCAGGGACUCGGAGGGCGACCUGCAGCGUCGUCACGAACAGAUGCGUAAGAACAUGGAGGCGCAGGGCCGCGAGCUGGAGGACCGCCGUCGCCACUUUGAGGAGGAGAAGGCGGCGUGGGAGAGCCAGAUGCACCUCUUGGAGCAGCAGCAGCGGGCCGAGGGCACGCGGUAACCACGCC